CGUGCUUCCCCACCCUUUCUCCACAGGGUCCGGUUGCUGUGGUUUCUCCGGUGGGCGGCGGCGGAGGCGGAGGCGGGAUCGGCGGCGGCGGCGGCGGCGGCGGCGGCGGGAAGGAGUUCGUGGUGCCUCUGACCCUCGAUCCGCAGCAGGAUUCGAUUUGUGGUUUCCCAUCCGCUUCGCCCGCCGGAAUGGUGCUGCUGCACGGCACCUCUCGGCCCCCAGAUCGGCCAUGGAAGGAUGCACCUCAUGUUGAGUUCCGACUAUACAAGGAUCCUAUAAAAAUGACAAGGUCUUAUCACUCAAUGAUGGUUCAUUUGAAAAGACUUGUUAUCAGGGAAUCGUCAAAUGAGAUUGGUGGAACUAACUUUAUCACCAACAAAGAUAGCAUCAACACUACCAGAGGGAAUUUCAAUGUCCAUAAAAUACCUCAAUUGCCAGUCCAUAAGGAAAAGUAUUUUGUGGUUGUUUUAUACCCUCCUACCGAUCUCGGUGACGAGGACGUUCCAAUGAAGGACAACAAACCAAUAAAACUCCUUCACAACUUCAGCAGCUUUUAUCUCAUAGGCUUCGAUUAUAAUGAGAUCUGGCGUGUCUUUAAUGAUGCAACGAUUAUAGGAAUUAGCCAAGCUGCUAAAGAUAUGUAUGUACAGAAGUUGCCGUUUGCUGGAAACUAUAAUGCAAUUGGCCAGAACUACUUGGAGUUAAUUGUUGGUUUUAGAGGUCAAUGCGAUACGUACAACAAUCUUGCUGGCUUUGGAGGUACGACAACGGAGGGGCAGCUUAUUAGAUCACUUUGUAGGACAAUCAUCACAGUACCUGAGUCCACUCGAUUCUACUUUUUGCAACAAUUCAACCUCAGAAGCUUUUAUUCUGGCAACUUCUAUAUUGUUUUGGACAGUCCAGUGCAAGAGGACCAGGACUACAAAAAUUUGUCUUUCCAUUUGACCAGUUGGGACCUAUACUCCACAAUCAGUAAAAAUGGAGAGGAUUCUUUCAGUAUCACUUCAGUCCCAGGAUCAGGGAUGUAUUCAUUCAAUGAUAUAAUGAAUUUCAUCGCCUUGGCCACAAAUAAAGAUGAUGUUUCAGUGAAAAGGAUGCUUGAGCAUAAAGGAAAGAAAAAUCACAACAACAAUGAUGAUCACAUUGAUGACAACGAGAGGGGUGACCAAGGUCAGGACAGCGAUGAAGAAGAUGACGGAAGGCUUGUCGAGGAUAAUAAGGAGAAAACAUGGUUCUACCAAGCCCCGGUAUUGGCUUAUGUCCCGAAGCGACAAAACAAAGUGCUGAUACCAGAAUUGGGCUUUGAGAUCCCUCCAGAAGCCCAGCGCGGAACACUUUCAACAGUGGAAGGGAGCGAUAUACGAGCUGUUGAUGAGUUAGAGGCACUGCAGGAUGAAACAAAGGCUGAAGCUGUCGAUCAGUUUUUCAUGAAAUUGAGAUCUCUUGGGUCACUGGAAGCUGCUUCUUAUCGUUGUGGGAAGGGCUUCAUUGAGAGCAGGACAUCUGAGCAUCAAGCAGCACUCAGUUUUCUUGCUGAACCAACCGAAGAACUUAGGGAGUCUUCAAUGGUGGGAGCAUGCUCUGGUGGGAUGAAAAUAAUUCCACAUGGUUCGGUUGGAACUGUUGCUAUCACUCAGGGAAACUCUAAUGAAAUCAGUGCAGUACUGUGUAGAUAUUCAGCACCAGAAGAGGUCGCUGUUGCAGAAACUGCCAAGGAAAUGGUGGCUGAGUUUAUGCCGAAGCUCUUGUGUGGCCCUGACAUGGUGGAGCUUGCAGUCGACGCAGAGUGUGCACAGGAUUGGGAUCCAGCCACAGUAGAAGACUGCCAUCGACCGUCAUCAUCUCACCAUCAUCAUCACCACGAUCUUGACGAUGGACAGCAUGAGUACCCACUUGGUCGAGUUGGGAUCGAGGCAUAGUUGCGUGUGGCAUUCGGCCGUGAAAACAGAUGAGUGAUAUGAGUGAGAGGCAUUCAUUCAUUGUAACUGGAGUAUACUGGACUCACACAUGAGCCUUCCGAGUAGAGUAGGACUCGGAACCCACAAACCCAGGGCUGCAGGGAAGAAGCAACCGCGCCGCGCGUGGCAACUUGUAUAUAGCAACUCGUUUCGAUCGACACACUAGCUAGCUAGCUAGCUAGCUAGAAUGCGCACAGUAACUUGUACACACAUGAGCUUACUUUAUUUUCUUCUUCCUGAGUUGGUUAGAUGUCCUUGAA